AGGUCGGCGAAUAUAUGAUAUUCCAUAUCAGAAGCAACUAUUACAUCGACAAAUUCAGCUACCUGAUCAUCUCUAAAGGCAUAGUUCUUUUAACCGGCGACCAAGACAUGAACGAUUUCGUGAGCACAAUGGCGAUAGUCUUGAGCGCCGAGAUGGCUCCUGUGGCUACGAUCGUUGUGUGGCAUGUCGGCAAACACGGUGACGUCGAGGUUGACAGUUUGACCUUCCCUGUCAAUGGUAUCAGUCGCAACAAGUUCAAAGUGUUCGUCAACAACAAAAAAGCAAGGACUGGGCACAAAGUAGAAGUGGCAAUAUAUGGAGAGCCAGGCUCGUAUGUCGGUCUAUCAGGAAUCGAUCGAGCUUUCUACACGAUGCAAGCAGGAAAUGAACUUACGUAUGCGAAGGUUAUAUCGAAAAUGUCGACGUUUGACGAUGACACGAACGGAACCCAUCAUCUAACGUGGUUCUCGCAUGAGGGCAAUCCUGACGAGUUGGUUUACUUCCCUUCCAGCACAUUUGGUAUUGAUGCGAAUAGAACGUUUGAAUAUCUGGGCCUAGUGGUGUUUACUGACUUUUUGGUGCAUCGAAGACCGUCAUUCUGCAAUGCUACGCAAGGAUAUGGAGAAUGCUUAAACGGACGCUGCUACAAUUUAAGAAAACGCUGUGAUUACUUUAGAGACUGCGAAGAUGGAUCUGACGAGGCAGGAUGCCAUUACGAGAACAUGACUGAACUAGCACUAUUCAGGAAAUUUAGGUUUAACAGGAUACAAAGGCAAUACGAGAACGUAUGGUUAUGGAAAGAUGUGAAUAUUGGCCCGCAUGGCCGUUAUAUUUUCAAUAUCCCUGUACCGUCAAGGCCCGUUCAUUGGAUGAUCUCAGCAUUUUCGAUGAGCCCCUCGCUAGGCUUUGGAAUGCUUAAUAAGGCUAUCGAGUAUCUCGGAGUACUACCCUUUUUUAUCAAUGUGGAGAUGCCUAAUAGAUGUAUGCAAGGAGAACAAGUAGGCAUAAGAGUGACAGUUUUUAACUAUAUGACGGAAAACAUUGAGGCUACGGUUGUAUUGAAUGGAUCUCCAGACUAUAAAUUCGUCCAUGUCGAAGAGAAUGGUAUUGUAAGAGCAUACAAUCCCAGAACGUCAUUUGGAGAACAUCAAUUUUUCAUCUACAUCAAGGCUCAAGACGCAUCAGUAGUAUACAUACCAAUAGUAGCUACAAAACUGGGAGAUAUUGAGGUGACAAUUCAUGCCUCUACACUGAUUGGAAAAGAUCAAAUCACAAAGAAAUUACACGUCGAGUCUGACGGAGUACCGCAGUAUCGUCAUCAAUCUAUGCUAUUAGAUCUGAGCAACCGUGCGUAUGCUUUCCAGUACAUGCACGUCAAUGUGACCGAAACGCCCAUAAUUCCGUACGAGUACGAUCGAUACUACGUGUACGGCUCUAACAAGGCCAGAUUGAGCGUCGUCGGAGACGUUGUUGGACCUGUCUUUCCUACCAUGCCGGUGAACGCCACGUCUCUGCUCAACCUACCAAUGGAUUGUGGAGAACAGAAUAUAUUUUCAUUCGCCGUGAAUAUGUACACCCUUCUCUACAUGAGAUACACACAGAUAAAGAAUAGGACGAUACAAAAGCAGGCUUUCCAUCAUAUGAACAUCGGAUAUCAGAGGCAGUUGUCGUUUAUGCAACCUGAUGGAUCGUUCUCGACAUUUAGGAGCGAUUGGAAUCAGUCAGCGUCAUCGGUUUGGUUAACCGCCUACUGUGCAAGAAUAUUCCAAGAAGCCAGCUUCUACGAAUGGGAAAACUACAUAUACAUAGAUCCAGCAGUGAUAGCGAAGUCGGUGGAAUGGGUGCUGAAACAUCAGACGCAAGAAGGCGCUUUCUGGGAAGAAACUUGGGUGCCUGACAGAAAGUACAAUCUAACGCUGAACAUUGACAAUGAUCCGAUCAAGUAUAGGAAUAUCACGCUUACGGCCCACGUGCUUAUUAUGUUGGAUACCGUGAAAGACUUGACAAGCGGGUUGAGUUCGCGAGUGGCGAUAGCGGCGAAGCGGGCGAUCUAUUGGCUGGAACGCAACAUGGACCUGCUGAAGGAGCGCGGCACACCGUUCGACGUCGCGAUCGUGGCGUACGCUUUGAUGAAGGCGAAGGCGCCUAACGCGGACGCCGCCUUCUUGGAGCUGUCCAAGAGGCAACGAUUCGAAGGCGGUUUGCUUUAUUGGGGACGACACGCUAUACCGCAGCCGCCGUACAAGAUCGAGAACCAGAAGCCGUUCUUGCUGCCCCGGCUGCCCUACGAAUACGAUUCGGAGAACAUUGAAGCGACAGCGUACGCGUUGAUGGUAUACGUGGCAAGACAAGAAAUCUACGUGGAUAACAUAGUGCGAUGGUUGAAUACCCAACGAUUGACUGAUGGUGGUUGGGCGUCAACCUCGGAUACUGCCAAUGCUAUGCGCGCAUUGAUUGAAUAUACAUCUGCUCAGAGGAUUCGAGAUAUUUCCAGCCUUUCCGUCAUCGUCGAAGCGACCGCGUUGCCAGGAAAGACUCAGGUUCUUUACGUUAACGACAAGAACAGAGUCAACUUGCAGUACAUCGAUAUACCGAACGCGUGGGGCACAGUGAAGGUGCAAGCUAAAGGUACAGGUUACGCGAUUCUCCAGAUGUCCGUCCAGUACAACGUCGACGUAGAACGGUUUCAGACGAAGCCUCCAGUGCAGGCGUUCGAUCUCGUCACAAAACAGUUCUUCAGCGGCAGAAAUCAGUCGCACAUCACAUACGUCAGCUGUCAAAGCUGGAACCAUCUGAACGAAUCGGAAAGAUCCGGAAUGGCUAUACUUGACGUUACCGUCCCUACCGGCUACAUUAUCCAACAACAAGACUUGGACGCGUACAUUUUAUCUAGAAGGGUCAGAAACUUGCAACGAGCAAAAUACCUAGAAAGAAAAGUUUUGUUCUAUUUCGAUUAUUUGGAUAGCGAACAAAUUUGCAUAAAUUUCACGGUGGAAAGAUGGUAUCCAGUAGCCAAUAUGUCCAGAUACUUGCCUAUUCGCGUUUACGAUUACUACGCUCCAGAACGGUUCAACGAAACGAUAUUCGAUGCUUUAUCUACGUACGUGCUGGACAUCUGUCAAGUGUGCGGCAGCAGUCAGUGUCCAUACUGCCAUAUCUACAACAUGGCUGCCAACGUGCCGGUACCGAUUUACGUCAUUUUAUUCGCGAGUCUCACGUUAGUUGUACGACAUUUACGUUUACAAGAAGUGAUAUCGUAAACGAAUGUACUGAAUAUUUUUUAUAUACACACGGUCGGAACAACUGAAUUUGUAUUAAAAUCUUUAUAAUCCAAAGAGAGUAGCCCAGUUGUUUUGGGAUGUUUUCGGGUUACCAUUUAGUCUCUAGCGACCCUAGUACAAAGUAGUUCCGAGUGCCUAACUGAAGAUUUCAAUACAAAUUUGAUAGAUUUCCAUAUGGAUAUACAUAUGGACAAUUUAUACAGAAACGUUUUUUUACGUUGAUGUUCAAUAUCGAACAAUUCUAUUUUUUCUUAAUUAACUACGAUUUGCGCAUCGAUAAGAAAAUGUUUCAUAUAAAACUUAUGAUGCGUAAACAAAUAUAUUUCAUAUACAACUUUCAGAAUUAAACCGUUAUUUUUACUGAAAGUAUAAGGAUUAUAAAACCUGAUUUAUAUUUUACCUAUCCAACACUGAGCUACUUUAUUAAAAAAAUCAUCUUGUGUUACUCAUCACGUAAGAUGUAUCUUGUACGUGUUCUUCUUUCCAAGUAGUGGUCUUAGUCUAUCCAAGGUGCUGUCUACUUAAUUUCGUGUUCAUCGCUUCAUGAAUCUCAAAACAAUUUUUUAGUGUCUGCGGCAGCUGUAUCGAAUUGUGUCAUAUUUUUUUGAUCAAAGUUUAUUCAUUUUCGAUUUUUUUAUAUCUGAAGAUGUAAUUUGAAAAUAAUAAUGCUAUCGUCAAUGUUAGUACAGUAAUGAUUCUAGCUGUUUAUUUGAGUAUUGCCAAUGUUACAGAUAUAGGUAGAAGAAUAUAAUUACAACUUUGUUAAACUGGAGUUUAUUUGUUUUCUACUUUUUUAGCGAUUCAGCAACAGUUCCCGUAUAUGAUUCCCCUGAACAUUUAAAAUGUGGUUUAUUCUUUUACACAUUGGAAUAUUUGAUACAGUUUAAGAAUAGUGCUGUAUUUGAACUAGAUAUAACCGAUUAAAGUGGAACCAUUUCUGAUCUGCAUAGCGUAUGGAACCUCAUCAAUAUUGGAGCUUAUUGGUUAUAUGUUCACUUGCACCUAGCUAUUUCUCAUUAAUCUGAAGGUUUUCGGACUUCCUAAAAUGCACUUUUUUUUUGGCGAUGGUUCUAUUACAAGCUCGACCAAAUGAUAACCAACCGUAUUCUUUUCAUAACAAUGACAUUUAAAUUUGUCUUCUGGUUCUGAUUCUGAUCUGUCACAUAUUUAUGUCGUGCAUUUAGUGCGAAUUGCAAUUAUGGAGCAAUAAUCUGUAGUUUUACUGUUUUAGUUUCAGUCUAGUUAGACGUCAUCUAUCAGAUUAGGGUGAGUCACAUACCACGCAAAGUUAACUAGUACCAGCUAGGUACAACUGAACAUAACCUCCCCCAAACGUACCUUAAUUUUUGAAUCAAGUUUAUUUUUUGAAUAUUCUUCUACUGUUUCUAAGGUGUUCGGUUAGUUAUACUCACAAAAGUAUGCAGUUAUUUUGUACAUGACCAAAUACGCUCGAGCCAAUGUUGAUUAGAAUAGGAAUUAUACUGUGCAUUUCAAAAAAAGGUAUUUACUAUUAUUUGAACUGAUUGGGCUGGCGGGCUGGAAUUCGGGGUGAUGAAUUUGAUUUACCAUUUUUUUUUAAUUUCAAUACAAUGUAUCUUAAGAACGAAGAAUUUGCGAAGCUAUGUUUGUAUGAACCUUCUGUCUUAAAAUUACUCAAAGAAUCUUCUGUUAAAUUUAUGACACAAACUUAAUCAACAUAUAUAAUACUUUGAAAGUGACCAUUGAAAAUCUAUUUUUCUGAACGAAAUGGGGGGUCAUGUGAGCCCAUUUUGAAGAUUCUUAUCAGUACCUUAUAACUCUAGAGUAGAAAUAAAAUAUUUCAAACUGGCAAUCUUCCACAAUUGUGCAUUCUUGUACAUGGAAUCGCCUAUAACUCAACAACUAAUCGUCAAAAUGCUAAAUUAAUUAUCAUGUAUCAAUUUCAGCACCCCGAAUUAGAACUCGCUAACUUGACACGGAUGACUUUAUUUGAAAAGCACUGUAUAAUUGUUGUUUUCACAGCUUCACUCUAUUCAUUAUGAACAAUCCAGUGUUAAAUGAAUUUUUUUUUGUAUUGCAGCAGAAAACUUUUUGAGUACAGUACACUUUUUGGCACAUAUCGUAAGAUGAAUCUCAGAUUUUGCUGAUAUUAGCAGGUAAAAUGUAUAAAUAUAUUUUUGUAGUUGUCAAAAAUUUCCGUUGAUCAAAAAUCAUAUCAAAUACUCAGUAAUGUGACCUUUACAAUGUGGCUGAUAUCAGCUGUGAGCGUUGUGCUCGUUUAGUCUCAAAAACAAACCGUCCAAUCGACACCGACUUAGUUGGUGUGCAGCUAGAUAUAGAGGAAAAGCUAUUUAAUAUAUUCUAGUAACUAGUAUUCUAAUAUUCACCAUAUUUCAUUAUUUCACACUUUUAUACUUGAAAAUGUAUAUUCAGUUUUGCAAUAAGAAUAAAGAUCAAUUAGUUUGUGUAGGUUUUAACAGAACGUAGAUAUUAUUUUAACAUUUAUCGAUAUCUUAGUGCUGUAAAUAUGAUUGUUUUAUUUAGGUUUAUCGUAAAAUGGAUAUUGAUUUGCUGUAUUAUCUUAGAAGUAUUGAAAGAUGUUUGUACACAUGUUGAAAG